GCGUUAUUUUAAUAUUUCCCGGGAGCGCCUAAUAUCCGCUGGACUGACGGCUAACCUCUUUUGAACCAUCCUUUCUUCAUGAUCGACAUGGCUGCAUCGUUCUUCCGCCAAGCUUCUCUCUCUCCCUCUCUCUCUCUCUCUCUCUCUCUCUCUCUCUCAGUCACAAAUGUCCGCAAGUGGACACUGCCCGUCUCUGAAGUAGCCGAUCAUGUCUCUCACCUUCUGCUUCAGUUCUCUAACUUUACUCCCACAAUCCCAACCAAGAAUACCGCUUCUCACACGCAGAAAACCCUCAAUUUCUAGACCACCAAGGCUCUCAACCCUGCGCAUUAUCAGAUCUGUCCAUCGAAAUUCUGAGCGCUCCCGAGCUGUUGUCUGUGCAAAACCCAGAUGGGAAAUCAUGCUGGAAACUGCAGCUAGCCUGUACCCUGUCUAUGUCAUUGUUGGAGCGGUUGUUGCUUGCUUGAGACCGUCUACCUUUUCUUGGUUUGUGAGGAGAGGUCCAGCUUCAUACAGCUUGGCUCUGGGCUUCAUCAUGCUGGCCAUGGCUCUCACAUUGCAGCUCAGGGACUUCUUAAAUUUGCUAAUGCAAAGGCCUCUGUCAAUACUGUUUGGAUGCAUUGCUCAAUAUACAAUUAUGCCUGCUGCUGGAAUGAUUAUUAGCAAAUCCUUGGGACUGUCACCAUCUCUUUCUGUGGGUUUAAUAUUGCUUGCUUGUUGCCCUGGAGGCACUGCGUCAAACGUGGUGACCUUAAUUGCUCAAGGGGAUGUUCCACUAUCUAUUGUAGUGACAGCAUGCACCACUCUCUUAGCAGUAUUUCUCACUCCACUUUUGACCAAAAUUCUGGCAGGAACUUACAUACCUGUGGAUGCUGUUAAACUUUCUCUUAGCACCCUGCAGGUGGUUGUGGCGCCAAUCCUCCUUGGUUCUUAUCUACAGCGUGCAUUUCCUGCAGCAGUGAAAACUGUGAUGCCUUUUGCCCCACUUCUUGCUGUUUUAGCUUCGUCAUUACUUGCCUGCAGUGUGUUCUCAGAAAAUGUUGUUCGUUUCAAAUCAUCAAUGAUCGAGUCAUUAUUGGCAUCUGAUCUAUCUCCAUUUCUUCGCAUUCAAGCAAUUUUAUUUGGAGAAUUGGGGGUUAUUAUACUUUCUGUUGUGUUACUACAUUUUACAGGUUUUCUGGUGGGGUAUUUAUCAGCAACUAUUUGUGGGUUUAGAGAAGUGCAACGACGAUCAAUAUCAAUUGAGGUUGGUAUGCAAAAUUCAUCACUAGGUGUCGUUCUGGCUACAUCCCAUUUUACCUCACCAAUGGUUGCAUUGCCACCUGCCAUGUCUGCUGUAAUUAUGAAUAUCAUGGGUAGCAGUUUGGGUCUCUUUUGGAAAUAUAUUGAUCCAUCUGAUUCAAAGAAAAUAUAGUGUCCUAGAGUUAAUGAUAAAGAAAGAGCUAGUUGAACCGUACAUAUGAUUCUGCUUCUCUCCCUGUUGAUGGUCUUUUAAGUAUUUGUACUUCAAUUUCCCCUUGACAAAAGCUUCAUGUGCCGGGCAGACUCGAGGACAGAUACAGACAGACUGGAAUGGAGUCCAAAAUAUCACAAUAAACGCUUCUGGAAACCAAUGGUUCCGAAAUGAGCUGGAGCUAUUGAUCACCAAACUGAUCUAACUUGCUUUUAAAUUGAAUUGCAAUUGAAAUCAAAAUGCAAUCAAUGUGCUGUCGUAUCUUCAUCAGUUUGAUUGGAUUCUUGUGAAAACUCGGUGUCGGGGGAAUGAACAGUUUAUCGUAUUGAUGGUUUCUGUUUUCCAGGGAUCGACCCAGGAUCUAUUAUGCAGAGGGCGUCCUUUGUAAAAUAAAAAAGUAAAUUAUGAUGCAAUAUUUUACACUAGCGCAUUUCAUCCUUUAAGGAACUGUUUUCACAAAAA